AUGGACAUUUACGCUCUCACUCGCAAGAAGCGUCCUACGCAUCUGACGCUUGGCCAAUCGACCACCAUCUCUCGACCGCCUCUUUCUACAAUCGACACUAUCGAAUCACCUACAUUAACCGAGCAGUCGUCAGUCGAUUCGAAACAGCAAUCUUCCUUGAAUAGUGCGUCCUCCUUCUCUGAACCCGUAACGGGACCACCAAGUCGGCACCACUGGAAGCCUGAUGCCGAUAGUACACACUGUGCCCAAUUUGGUUGCAGGACAUCCUUUGGUCUCUUUGAAAGGAGGCAUCAUUGUCGCAAGUGUGGAGACAUCUUUUGCUCGGAGCACUGUGCUCAAUCGAUACGGCUGGAUCAAUCAUCUCGCUUCCAUCCCAAGGGUAUAUUAUCAAGGUGCUGUAAUGGAUGUGCAAAUGACUAUCGUCGCUGGUUGACGGGUCUAAAGGAUACCCAGGAGCAACAACAUCAUCAACAUCAACAAGAUGAACAUGGAAGAGAAAAGCAUUCUCGUCGACGUACGGGUAUCAUGACACAUCAACCACACGCUAUGGAGGGUGUGACAGAGCUUGGGAGAGAUGAUAUUGUAGAAGCUAAUCGACAUCCUAUUGCCAUCAAGAGCAAACAUGAAGUGGCCUUCAAUCCAAUUCCAUCCGUACCUGCAGAUUGGCAAUGGUCAACCUUUUAG